GCGCAGCUCUUUAAGAAUCCUUCCCGCACGCGGACAACAGCUGUACCCCAUCCAUGGCGUUUGUAAAUCGUGGAUUUUUCUGUGGAAACUCCAAGUCUUCCCUUGCCACGACCUCAGCAUCCUUUCCAGCGGUCGAGGGGGGAAAAGAAAAAAAAAGAAGCGAAACACGAAAAAGUUUUUCUCUGCCUCUCGGGUAAAGAUAAUCGACAUGGGUGAAAACUGGGCGUUUGUGUGACCAAAAGAAGCAACCGAAGACCGAAUGGUUCACACGAUAAAAGAAUGAUAACAUAGGCAGCGUGUUGUUUUGUGUGUGUGUUAGAGAGAAAAAAAACAAGGUGGAAAAAAAGUUUAAAGGAGGGUCAGGCUAUGGCGCGGGAGAACGAAGACGCCGGGAUGGCUGAAGACGUCUCGAAAGCCAAAAGUCAAAGAAAGAGCAAAGCGAAGGAGACCAAAACCAGGACCGUCCACGCAAACACACUCCACGACUUCGCCAAAGGGGAGGAAAACCCAAGCCGACGCUAUGCAAACAACCGAAUCAAGACGACCAAGUACACCGUGCUGUCAUUCCUGCCAAAGAACCUCUUCGAGCAGUUCCACCGGCUUGCUAACGUCUACUUUGUUUUCAUCGCUCUGCUGAACUUCGUUCCGGUCGUCAACACUUUCCUGCCGGAGCUCGCGCUGGCCCCCGUGCUGUUUAUCCUGUCGGUCACCGCCAUCAAAGACAUUUGGGAGGACUACAGGAGGCACAGGUCGGAUAUGGAGAUCAACCACAUGGACUGCCUGGUCUACAGCAGAGCAGAGAAAGGAUACGUGGAGAAGUACUGGAAGGAAGUGCGGGUGGGAGACUUCAUCAGGCUGAGAUGUAAUGAGAUCCUCCCUGCUGACGUCCUGCUGCUGAGCUCCAGCGACCCAGACCGCCUCUGCCACAUCGAAACCGCCACACUGGAUGGAGAGACCAACCUCAAACAGAGGCAGGUGGUCCGCAGCUUCUUUGACCUGGACUGCGACUUUGACCCAUUAAAGUACAACAGUGUCAUAGAAUGUGAAAAGCCCAACAACGACCUGAACAGAUUCAGAGGAUACAUAAUUCACCAAAGUGGUAAAAAAGACGCACUUUACAAGGAGAACCUGCUGCUGCGAGGGUGCACCAUCCGCAACACGGAGGAGGCCGUGGGAAUAGUCAUCUACGCAGGUCAUGAGACCAAGGCCAUGCUGAACAACAACGGGCCGCGUUACAAGCGCAGCAAACUGGAACGACAGAUGAAUGUGGAUGUGUUCUGGUGCGUCAUCAUCCUGCUGGUGAUGUGCCUGUUUGCCGCUCUAGGUCACGGGCUGUGGAUGUUUCAGUACGGCGAUAAGAGACCCGUGUUUGACGUUCUUAGUCCAGAAGGAACAAACUUAUCACCCAUCAUGUCUGCCAUUUAUCUCUUUCUCACCAUGAUCAUUGUCUUUCAGGUGCUGAUACCCAUCUCACUUUUUGUGUCAAUCGAAAUAGUCAAGAUCUGCCAGGUUUACUUCAUCCAUCAGGACGCGGAUCUGUACGACGAGGAGACGGACUCUCACCUGCAGUGCAGAGCCCUGAACAUCACAGAGGAUCUGGGCCAGAUGCAAUACAUCUUCUCUGACAAGACGGGCACGCUGACGGAAAACAAGAUGGUGUUCCGCCGCUGCACCGUGGCCGGGGUGGAAUACUCCCAUGAUGCCAAUGCUAAAAGAAUUGCCAUGUACCAAGAAAUGGACUCUGAGGAGGAGGAGUGCAUUUCUCACGGUGGCACCCUGCCCAGGCGGGACAGCGUCGGCAGCCACCAGAGCGCCCGAGUUCUGCGCUCUCACAGCACCAAGUCGCACCGCCGGACCGGCAGCAGGGCGGAGGCCAAGCGCGCUAGCAUCCUGUCCAAACACACGGCCUUCAGCAGCCCUAUGGAGAAAGACAUCACCCCCGACCCACAACUGCUGGACAAAGUGAAUGACUGCAGCAGUCAGCUGGACUUCAUGCGCCUCCACAGCCAGCCCAUGUCCCAGCUGCCCUCUGACCUGUCCGACGUCUUCGACUUCUUCAUCGCUCUCACCAUCUGCAACACGGUGGUGGUGUCCUCCCCCAACCAACCCCGGCAGAAGGUCAGGAUGAGGUUUGAGCUGAAGUCUCCAGUGAAGACCAUUGAAGACUUCAUCAAGCGCUUCACUCCCAGCCGCCUGACCUCAGGCUCCAACAACAGCAGCUCCUCCAGUUUAAACCGCUCGUCCAACAAAGGGGGCUCCAGCAUGCAGUCAUGCCCCUCUGCAGAGAGCACGCUCACCAAACUGAACGAAGAGCAGUCCAGCAGCGUGAUGGAGCACGCCUUCAGCCCCGCCCCACCCUCCUACGAUGGAAAAGCCUUCUGCACCCCGGACGAAGGAGAGCUUCGCUACGAAGCAGAGUCACCUGACGAGGCUGCGCUGGUUUACGCUGCCAGGGCCUACAAGUGCUCGCUGGUUGGACGCCUUCCUGACCAGGUGACGGUGGAGCUGCCUCACCUGGGAAAGCUAAACUUUGAGCUGCUGCACACACUGGGCUUUGAUUCCACCAGGAAACGCAUGUCUGUGGUGGUCCGACACCCCCUCACCGAUCAGAUCACGGUCUAUACCAAAGGAGCAGACUCCGUCAUCAUGGAACUGAUCAGACCCCCCAUCACAGGCAACUCCAAAGGGCGACGGCAGAAGAAAAUCCUCUGCAGGACCCAAAACUACCUGAACCUGUAUGCCGCAGAUGGUCUGCGCACCCUGUGCAUUGCAAAAAAGGUUUUGAGCAAAGAUGAAUAUGCACGCUGGCUGCAGCAUCACUUACAGGCAGAGACGGCCAUUCAGAGGCGGGAGGAGCUGCUCUUUGAGUCGGCCUUGAGGCUGGAAACGAACCUCCAGCUUUUAGGAGCGACCGGCAUCGAGGACCGGCUGCAGGACGGCGUGCCGGAGACCAUCGCUUCACUGCGCAAAGCUGGUUUGCAGAUAUGGGUGCUGACAGGCGACAAGCAGGAAACGGCGGUCAACAUUGCGUACGCCUGUAAGCUGCUGGACCCCGAGGAGGAGCUCCUGACGUUGAACGCCGACUCUCAGGAGGCCUGCAAGCUGCUGUUGGAGGAGAGUUUACACUACAUCCAGGCCAAGUUCCUCUGCAGCUCUGGAGACGCAUCCGCUAAAGACUUCCACGCCAACGUCUCCUCCUUUGAGAUUUAUCCUUCUUCACCUCUGUCCUCCCACGCUGCUUCCGACUCCGUCCAUCGACUGGGCCUGGUAAUUGAUGGGCGGACCCUGGCCUACGCUCUGGACGCCAGCCUGGAGGAUACGUUUCUGACCGUCGCCCGGAGCUGCCGCUCAGUGCUGUGCUGCAGAUCAACGCCGCUGCAGAAGAGCAUGGUGGUCAAACUGGUGCGAAACAAACUCAAGGUCAUGACCCUGGCCAUAGGGGAUGGAGCCAACGAUGUGAGCAUGAUCCAGGUCGCGGAUGUGGGGGUGGGGAUUUCCGGUCAGGAGGGCAUGCAGGCGGUGAUGGCGAGCGACUUUGCCCUCCCACGUUUCCGGUAUCUCCAGAAGCUCCUGCUGGUUCACGGACACUGGUGCUACUCUCGUCUGGCAAACAUGAUCCUGUACUUUUUCUACAAAAACGCUAUGUUUGUCGCUCUCAUCUUCUGGUAUCAGUUCUACUGCGGGUUCUCCGGUUCAGCCAUGAUUGACCAGUGGUACCUGAUCUUCUUCAACUUGAUGUUUUCCUCCUUUCCUCAACUCAUCAGCGGCACUCUGGACAAAGACGUGUCUGCAGAGACGCUCCAACAACUACCUCAGCUCUACACGAGCGGCCAGAACUCUGAGGAAUAUAAGCCAUACAUGUUCUGGAUGAACAUGAUUGACGCCUUCUACCAAAGUCUGGUCUGCUUCUUCAUCCCUUACUUUGCCUACACUGACUCGGAUGUGGAUCUGUUUACAUGGGGAACUCCCAUCACAACCAUUGCUUUACUCACCAUCCUGCUGCAUUUGGGCAUCGAGACCAAGACUUGGACCUGGAUGAACUGCCUGUCUAUAGCCUUCAGUGUAGCCCUGUUCUUCACCGUGGCUCUGUGCUACAACGCCUCCUGCCCCACCUGCUACCCCCCCUCCAACCCCUACUGGACCAUCCAAAGGCUGUUGCAGGACCCCGUCUUUUACCUGCUGUGCACCAUCGCGCCUGUGGCUGCGCUGCUGCCCCGAUACUUCUACAGGGCGUGUCACAGCACGCUGUUUCCAAACCCCGUGCAAGUCGGACGGCAGCUGGAUAAACUUCCUGCCGACACUCGCAGGAACAUUCUGAGCCUGAGCAGGGUCAAGAUGGGGUCGUGGCUCAGCCCCAGACAGCCCUCUCUGCCCGUCGGCAAACCCCAAAACUGCACCCAGAAGGACCAGAGGGGCACGGAGGCUCCUGCCAAGCGAGCAGGAGCAGAGAGCGUCCAGCAGGGUCCGGCCCACCCCCCUGAUCCUCACUCAUCCAGUCUGAAAGAGUUGGGCGCCAAAAAUGAUCCUCUGCUCUCAGAGGAGCUGCAACCUGCUUCAACCAAAGACCCCUCAGACCCGAGCUGGGUGCCCUCCACCCAGAUGGACAGGGUGCAGCUGAACCUGCCCCCCAGCAGAGCCCCACCGUGCGUCACAUACGUGAGGAGUUCAGAGACGGCGCUCAGCUGUGAGCAGACUCCUCCCUGCUCACGCGGGACGACGGCGGAGGCGGAGCUCUACACGGCAGUAUGAUGUCUGGAGGGAUCUCAGCCGUUCUCCAGUUUGCACAAUAGUUUUUUAAAAUCUAAUUUUAUUGUAUUUUUCAAUUAAAUCUUUUAUAAAAUAUACACAAAGGUACUUUAUAUUUGUAACGUAAAGCGGACUAUUUUUGAGAUUUGGGAGAGGUCGAACUGCCUUUUUUAUUUGUUUUCCUUUCUGAAGGGGCUUUUCUGCAAAGCUUCAUUCAUCUCAAGACUCAAUCAGGUUUGGAAGCUGAGCAGAGAAGCUUGUUCUCCUCCUCACCAGGUUCCUGGACCAGAGGCUGUUCUAGGGCCAUCAGGGCCUGGACCAGAGGCUGUUCUAGGGCCAUCAGGGCCUGGACCAGAGGCUGUUCUAGGGCCAUCAGGGCCUGGACCAGAGGCUGUUCUAGGGCCAUCAGGGCCUGGACCAGAGGCUGUUCUAGGGCCAUCAGGGCCUGGACCAGAGGCUGUUCUAGGGCCAUCAGGGCCUGGACCAGAGGCUGUUCUAGGGCCAUCAGGGCCUGGACCAGAGGCUGUUCUAGGGCCAUCAGGGCCUGGACCAGAGGCUGUUCUAGGGCCAUCAGGGCCUGGACCAGAGGCUGUUCUAGGGCCAUCAGGGCCUGGACCAGAGGCUGUUCUAGGGCCAUCAGGGCCUGGACCAGAGGCUGUUCUAGGGCCAUCAGGGCCUGGACCAGAGGCUGUUCUAGGGCCAUCAGGGCCUGGACCAGAGGCUGUUCUAGGGCCAUCAGGGCCUGGACCAGAGGCUGUUCUAGGGCCAUCAGGGCCUGGACCAGAGGCUGUUCUAGGGCCAUCAGGGCCUGGACCAGAGGCUGUUCUAGGGCCAUCAGGGCCUGGACCAGAGGCUGUUCUAGGGCCAUCAGGGCCUGGACCAGAGGCUGUUCUAGGGCCAUCAGGGCCUGGACCAGAGGCUGUUCUAGGGCCAUCAGGGCCUGGACCAGAGGCUGUUCUAGGGCCAUCAGGGCCUGGACCAGAGGCUGUUCUAGGGCCAUCAGGGCCUGGACCAGAGGCUGUUCUAGGGCCAUCAGGGCCUGGACCAGAGGCUGUUCUAGGGCCAUCAGGGCCUGGACCAGAGGCUGUUCUAGGGCCAUCAGGGCCUGGACCAGAGGCUGUUCUAGGGCCAUCAGGGCCUGGACCAGAGGCUGUUCUAGGGCCAUCAGGUCCUGGACCAGAGGCUGUUCUAGGGCCAUCAGGGCCUGGACCAGAGGCUGCUUCAGCUCACAGACAGAGGAAGCUUUCCUGUUUCUCCUCUAAGUGUGUUUGAGCAUUUCUACGCAGGACAUUCCAAAGUUUGAACACACGUCUUACAUUGCUGCUGGAUCACAAACUGAGCAUUUUCUCUGUUUCAAUCGACACAUAUCUUUAUAUUUGAUGCAUAUUGUGUCAUGAGUUCCCCCCCUUAGCCAGGAGCUAUGCUAUUUUAUGUUUCUCUGUUAUUUUUUUUUUAUUUUUCUUGAGUCCGGUUGAGUAUUUCUGUUGAAUUUACUGUUCAGAAUCUGGUUAGGUCAGUGUUGAGGUUGAUAUGAACACAGAUCUGGUGACUCACUGAAGUUCCUAAGUACUUAUAGUUUUACAUUUUUGGCUGUUUAUUUACCAGAGAUAAGUACAAUUCUAUAAUAGUUAAAAAUGUGUUGAAACUAGACUUGAGUCAUCGAAGAUUGUCUGUCUAUAGAAUUUGCCAAGAUCUAUGCAGAUAAAUGCCAUCAAGCCUAGAUUCCUUUGGAAAUAUUGCAAUAUGUAACUUGGUAUUUAUAAUAAGGGUCUGCCUUACUGUUCUAAAUGUCUAAAUGUCAUGUUAUUGGAUACGUUCUGAUUUCAGAUCACUUUGAUGACCAGAAUUUCUUUUAUAAAGUGUUUUUUAGGCUUCUAAUCCGUUUUUUGUUUGUUUUUUGGUGAAGUUGAGUUUUCAGUCACCAUCUAUAGAAGAGCUGCUUUUCGCUCAGAUGAAUACAGCAGUGACGUAAAAAUAAAUGUUUCUCACUUUUUUAGGUUUGGGGCUGAGAAAAAGCAGUUUCUGCUUUCGGAUUAAAAUACCUCAUCAGCAGACAAACUAAAGCUUGAGGGACUUGAGGACAUAUUUCUGAACCUGCUGGUUAAUCUGUCUAUGGAUUCAUGUUUGGAACCUAAAUAUGAUUUUAAUGUGAUCUAGAACAGCUAGCGGAGUUUUCUAAGCUAACUUUUAGUUUGUAGUUCUGCACUUCUGUUCCGAAAACGCUUCUGCACGUUCAUUAGACUGCCACCGUUAGCUAGACGCUCAAGUUUAGGAACUUAGGACCAACCGUAAGCACACGUUGAAAUAAACUAAUCACUAAAAAUCUCUUUUUUUUUUCAGCAAAACACUUGUCUCACUUUUAUAUCUCUAUUUCAUCCCAAUCUGAAGCUAAACUAAGCUGCAAUCUGCCUUUAUCUUUAAACAAACUUAGUUUACUCUUAAGAAAAACGUUGAUUUUAUUUGUCAAAAGGUUGCUUUGUGUGACCUUCAGCGGUAAACCGGUUCUUCUGAAGCUUUAUUUAAGCAUUUCUUGAUCUAAAAUCUUUUUUUUCCUGCCUGUCCUGGUCCACAUUCAUCCACAGCUGUUUUGUUUUUAUGUCUUAACACUUUUAUUUGCACUUUGAAAGUACAAAACAUCUACAGUUCUAUGCAAAGAAGAGGAUCUUUUUGUUUUACCUGCAAAUAACUUUCUUACAUGGUUAUUUUUGUAUAUGUUAGCAAACCAAAGUAUUUGCCAAAGAGCAGUUUGAUGCGAGUCACAUGACGUGCCUUAACACUGGAAUAGAGUUUAUAAAUCUGCCCUUCAUGCUGGAUCUUAAUCUGUUUUUGUGUUUUUUUUAGACAUUUUCAGUUGAAACGUUUCCUUACUCUGCUAUUCUUUUCACAUACGCUGCAUUCCUCGGGUACGCUUCAGUCUGUUCUUUGCGUUGCACAGUUUUCCAAAGCGAGGCCCGACCACUUCCACGCGUUCCUCUGCACAAACUCUGGCUUGGUUUCUUUCUAUGCUGACAAGAAAACAAUGAAAGAAAGCCUCUGUUUGCUGACUCGCCAUUUCUAAAAGGACACGUUCUAACAUCUAGAACUUCUGUCCAGGAUUCAUUAAGUUUUCCUGUCAUGACGGUAUUCGUUGAAGAAAUGAAAGAAGUUCUUAUACUUUAUGACAAAAAUAAACCAAAAGGAUUUCAUUCCAUUUUUAUUUACACUUGUUUUAUGUCUUCAAUUGUGAUCCUGGUGUUUAUGAAAAUAAAUGAAAGAAUUGGUGAAAUUCAA